AUGUCUGUAUCGGCUUGUCCCCUGAAGGGCCCCGCAGUACCUCAACUGCAAUCCAAUCCACACCGAUCCAGUUUUCUUCGAGUUCAGCCGGGUGGUUUGAAUGCCAAAGUAUUUGCAUCACAUGCAACUCAACUGCCUCCACUGGUCCACAACGAUCAGACUCACAACAAUCCUGCUUAUCCGCACUAUCGGAAAGAAAGCCCAACGAUAGUGAAUUCCUACUCACUUGCCCCAACGGUUCAACACAAACCCGGAUCAUUGUCCGCCACGAGUUCCAAUGCGCCCAAUGUUAAUGGAACUACUCAACUCCUGUUCCAAUCCUCUUCCGCCAAUCUCACCGACCCCAUGACAGAGAGCAUUCCAAACGGUUCCAAUUACCGUACAAUGGAUUAUUCGACCCUUCCAAUCCCGUUUAAUCAGGCCCCAAGUUACAUGAGUCGUGAGCAUUCCCAUGAUUUAAAAGCCAAUACACCUUUAGCCUACCAUGACAACCGUGUAGAUACGGAUUAUAUGCGAAUGGAUUUUAAUCCGAUUGUGGAGUCAUUAAAUUUUGCAGCCAAUGGUACUCAAAACUAUGACCCCGGACCGAACGGUUCGUUUGGGAGUUGGACCGCAAAUGAUCCUUCGUCCAUGGAUGUGGACACCGAUCUGAAAUGUCGCCUGGAUUUCCGAAGUCAACUACUCUGUAACAAUAAUCCAAUUUCACGUCUAGCGGAUGAUUUUCGCGUAGCAGAGCAGUUGUAUUCAAAUAAUACGCGGCGUCCACCACACGGAUUCAAUGCGACUACACGUGGCCCGAGCGAGCUGGAUCACUUUACCGUGGUGGGAUCACGUGCAGAUCCUGGGUCACAGUGUCCUCCUCAGUUCGAUGUGAACGCUUAUCCGACUGUGGAUGCAAGAAGUCAGCCAUCGGUCGGCAAACCGACAAGUGUGUCUACUGUAUUGAUUGGUACUAGUGGACCUGGAAUGACAACUGUGACAUGUCGCGGAAAUCCACCGCCGAUGAUGUCGCCACGUUCAUCAGCACCCUGUCAACCGACAUCCACACAAACGCUGGUCGUCUCCGCGAGUGACAACUCCAUGGUCAGUUCAGCCAUGAUGACGCCGGACUCGUCCACAACCGGGUUUAUGACCAAUAAAUUUGGUGGUUCCUCGGAUGAUNUUCGCCAACUCCAACAAACAGCAGCGGUCGACCACAAACACCUGGUCGUGUGCGUAAAGCGGCACCCACUCUUGCAACUGGAAGACUGCAGUCUUUGUCAAAAGGAAACUGGUGUCACAGUACCGGGCACAGUCGGAGCACUAGGUCCAACAGUUGGGUCGCAGGCUGCUGAUGCUGCCUCUACUGCCGCCGGAACUGAAGCUCCAGUAGAAGAGAGCACGUUUAAGGUCGAUCCGGAUGAAGCAGAUCGUCGAAUGAAAAGACGCGAACGAAACCGGAAAUCAGCUCAAAAAUGCCGUGAACGAAAGGUCCAACGAACACAAGAACUUCAAGCCCAAGUGGAGUAUUUGCAAUUGGAAAUUAAUCGUCUGACUCAAGAACGGGAUAGUUUGCGAAACGAAGCUCGCCAGUUCGUUACUCUUCUUCAGCUUCAUUGUCCCGGUGUCGCAAUUCCUUACAUGUCUUGUCUGAAUGAGGUACCAGAAUCAUUGGAAAAUAAUUCCCUGGAGCUGACAAAUUCCACAAUAGGUAAAAAUGGAUCAGAAUUGCGUGCAAUCAAUGUGUCUGCUGGCUGGAAGUCACAAGCAAACGGGAAAACGUGCUCGGUACCCGACACACAGCACAGCGCCACAGUCCAAUCACAAAACGGUUCGUUUUCACCGUUACCACCAACGGUCUCGUUGCAUUCACGCAUGUCACCGACACGAUCAAAACCGUCAUUGACAAUGGGCUCAUCAUCGGUUGAUCAGUCAGAUAUGACGGCAGGCUUGAAUGCGAUAGUAACUACAGCGCACCAAUCGAAUGUUGAUAAUAGUUAUCGGACCUCAGAUGCCGUUUCAACGCCCAUUGUUAGAUGCACAUCAACCGCAUCGGUUCAAGGGCCGGCUUCCUCAUCGUCGUCAUCCUCGUGUUCCGCAUAUGAACUUUCCUUCGCCAAUUUGGAAACACCAGUGCGUACCCCUGUCCUGAAUGGUCCGUAUGACGAUCAUCCAAAUCGAGAUGUCAGUCAUUGUUCCAACGCGGAUCAGUCAACCAGCAGCACAUUCCAAAUGCCUCAAUCAACGGUCACCUCAUCCUCCACGCCUGUUCCAAUCCCGGAGGGCUUGGAACCUACAAGAAUCAAAUGUGAAGAAUGGGACCCAUGUUUUAUGGAACCAGAUAAAAUUGAUUCGAUAUCGCCAAUCAGUCCGCGUGUACAAAGCAAACCGGUGUUUAUCAACCCAUUGGAUACGGAUAUUUCUAACGGACAUUGUGAUUUACGGCGAACGGAAUCGAGCACAUCAAACGGGCCAGGGACGGAUGGACCUUGUUACUGA